AUGGGCAAUGAUACCCCUAGUGAUUUAAUAAACCGUUGUAAGAGGUGUAAAAAUCCUGCUAAAUCGGGUUUACGAUGUGUGACGUGUGGUACUAUCUCACAUAACAGUUGUGUGCCAGGAUUAAAAAAUAUUGUUUACAUAGACAAUGAAUCUAUUAACUGCUGCAUUGACAACAAUGAUCUACCAAAAAUUCCUUCAGUAGUAGAGCAUUCUUCAGAAAAUAUUAAUGAAGUUAAAAUUACAUUCUUAGAACAAUUGCUUCAACAAAAAGAUCUUGUUAUUUCUAAUCAGGAAAUUGCAAUAAAAGCUCUGCAAGGACAGAUCAAUUUGCUUACAGAAGAUAUAGUAUCCCUUAAAAGUACAGCAACCUUAAGAAAUAACAAUCGAAAUACCUUUCAAGAGUCUUCUAUACCAACUAUAAGAGAAGGGAUAAAAAAUGUACCCAUAGCAAACUCAAAGGAUAUACAGGGAUACGCCAAUACUACAAAGAAAUCAGUGCAUACCUUUAUACCAUCUGAUAUUUCUUCAGCCGUCCACCAAGCUGAAGCAGCUAAUGUAUGUAAUGAAAUUAUAAAAUUAAACAAUAAUAAUUUCAGAAGAUACCAAAAACCAAAGAAUAUUUUAGUUGGAACUAGAACUGAUUUGCAAACAAACCUAAAUGCUGCCAAACGUGAGAGCAUGAGCUACUACCACUCUACCAACUGGCACCCAAAUGCCUCAGAGGAAGACGUAAAAAAACAUCUACAAGACAUUGACCCUCAUAUUAAAGUAGAAAAGCUCAAAUCAAGAUAUCCCGAAGAAUACGCCUCAUUCAAAAUAAUCAUCCCAACUGCGGAAUCAUCUAAGAUACUUCAAACGGAUGUAUGGCCUCAAGAUGGUACAGUCAUCUGCUGUGGGGAUACAGAGGAAAAAAAAUCGGACUCCUCUGCUGAGCCCGAAAUUCAGUUAGAAGAACAACUUGGAGCCGCUUUUGUGGAUAAAUUAACCAUAAAAUACCUCGAAGAUUUGAUACAGCAGAAAGAUCUUACAAUUAAGAACCAGGAAAUAGCUAUUACGUCGUUAAGAGAGCAAUUAGAACUUAUGAAAGAACUUAUGAAACAAAUGGUCCCAAACCUAAAUUCCACCCUUAGGCCUUCAACAUCCUCAAAGUUAUUAACUACCGAAAAAGGUAAAUUGUAUAAUGAUGUGGCUGGUAGUAACACUCAAGUACCAACACAACAAAUUGCCAAAAAUAUCGUGACAAGUGCCAUUCACAACGCCAAAGCUGAGCAAGUUUGUCACGAAAUCGUUAAUUUAACGAACGAUAAAAGGCCUUUCCGAAAUGAGAAUGGAACAAGAUCUCGCAAUAUUUUGGUUGGGAAUAAUGAAAAUUUGGAAAACUGUCCUUUCAAAGCUGCAAGAUCCUCAGCUGAAAAUAAAAGAAACGAUAAUAAUAUUAAGAGCUAUCACGUCACUAAUUUGGAACCCAAUGUAGAUGAUAAAGAGCUCCUUAAAUAUCUACAAAAUAUUGCACCUCAUGUACGCUUAGAAAAACUGAACUCAAGAUACCUCCAGUCAUAUGCAUCUUUCAAGGUAUCUGUUCCUGCUGAUGAAUCGGAUUGCAUAUUAAAAAGUGAUAUUUGGCCAAGUUAUGUAGUUUUAAAUCAUUUUUUUCGUUCAAGAAAACAUCCCAGUUACGACGAAAGAAGAAAAAUUAACAGUGAUUAA